AUGGAUCGUCGUAACGGAAAGAACCCGUUACUGUUAUCGCUUCUGAUGCUGGUGCUGCUGAUGCCGCAAAUCUUGGAAGCUUUCCGGCAAGAGUCAGCACCGGUACGUCGCAGCUUCCACCAGGUGAUUCGGACCAUACGCACCUGUGCUCGGAUUGAUCACGUGCCGGAGAACUUGGUCUCGCAGUACAUGAGAUGGGUAUUUCCGGACGAACCGGUGACCUGGAGUGUGGUUCGCUGCAUCGGAGAAUCCCUCGGACUUUACGAUGCAACCGGAUGCUUCCGUGAGGGACCCAACGUGGAUCAACUGUAUCUGCAGCUGGACGUUGGCCGUGGUUUGAAGCGACUCAGCAAAUGUGACUUCCGCCAGAAGAUGGACCUAUGUGGGCGGGUUUGGCGAGCGAGAGGAACUUUCCGGAGCGAUUGCGAGAAAGCUUACCGGUUGAUGUACGAAUGUGCCAAGGAAGAGUUCGAUCACUAUCUCCAGACGGAGCAAGUUGUUGCGUAG